AUGGGGCCCCCGGGCAAUAGGGAUCAUGGGGCCCCUGUGUCCUUGCCCAAACUCAAAAAAAGCCUAUGAAAAAGGUACCAGGGGCAUUUCAUGGGGCCCUUUACUGACCCCGGGCCCUCGGGCAACUAGGAUCAGAAACAUGCUUGAGGUCAUCCUAGUCCCUAAUAUGUGUGUGCGCAGGGGCGGACUGACAAAUCAUGAGGCCCCCGGGCAAUAGGGGAUCAUGGGGCCCCUGUGUCCUUGCCCAAACUCAAAAAAGCCUAUGAAAAAGGUACCAGGAGCAUCUCAUGGGGCCCCCUACUGACCCCGGGCCCUCGGGCAGUGCCCAAGUUUCCAAAUGGUCAGUCCGCCCCUG